CCUAAAUCCGUGGAUUUGGGAAGAGCUGAAAAACCCUCACUUAACUCAUUGAAGCUUGUCGAAGCAAAGCACCCCUUUGCAACAGAUGGCGUCCUUAAUCUCAGAAACAAGCCAAAAAGUUUUCACCCUCGAGACCCUCCGUGCAGCAGCGAAACAGUCUGAACGUUGCCUCGUGGUUCCCGUUCGACUUCGCCGAGCCAUCAAGAAGUACCUCCGAGAGCAAGAGGACCCUUUUAUGCGAAGAAAAGUGUUGCGGUUAUCGGAGUCUUUUAGCAAUAUUAAAGACGUGAAUCUGCAACUUGUGGCUAAGACUUCAAAGGAGCUAGUUGAUGAUCCUUUUAAGUCGAUGGAGAAAUCACAAAGGUGGAAAAUCAAGAGUGCUUACGGUGAUAUCGGUCUCACUUAUAGAGAUGGUGAGACCGUUGCCUAUGUUGCUUCCAGGAUGCCCGCUGUUUACUCUGCUUGUUACCGGGUCCUUAGUGAGGUGAGGAGAAGAUUGCCAGGUUUCUCUCCGACAAAAGUUUUGGAUUUCGGUGCUGGCACUGGUUCAGCUUUCUGGGCUAUGAGAGAAGUGUGGCCAAAAUCUGUGGAGAAAUUGAACAUAGUGGAACCAUCGCAAUCUAUGCAGCGGGCAGGUCGAAGUCUUCUACAAGACCUGAAGAACUUGCCCAUUAUUCAUGGUUAUACUAGCCUUCUAGCAUUUACAAAGGAGGUUAGAAAGUCUGAGAGGCAACAUGAUCUUGUAAUCGCUUCAUAUGUUCUUGGAGAGAUACCAUCAUUGAAGGACCGAAUUACACUAGUGCGCCAGCUUUGGAAUCUGACACAGGAUGUCCUGGUCUUGGUUGAACCAGGAACUCCACAUGGAUCUAAUAUAAUAUCCCAGAUGCGAUCUCACAUAUUGUGGAUGGAAAGAAGAAAAUGCCGUAAAGCCAAGGUGAACGAGGAAGAUUCUAAGGACCUUAUUGAUCUUAGAAGUGGUGCAUUCAUUGUUGCUCCUUGCCCUCAUGAUGGUCGUUGCCCAUUGGAGAAAUCUGGAAAAUACUGUCAUUUUGUUCAACGUUUGCAGAGGACUACUUCACAACGUGCAUACAAGCGUUCCAAGGGUGAUCCUUUACGUGGCUUUGAAGAUGAAAAAUUUUCUUUUGUUGCUUUCAGAAGAGGACAACGACCUCGGGAACCUUGGCCUCUGGAUGGUAUGCAAUUUGAAACUUUGAAAGAGCAGCGUGCUAAGAGAAAUCCUGAAGAUUUUGAAAUAGACUACGAGGAUCUAGACGAUGUAGAAGAAACUGACGAUAUGAUUCCAUAUGAAGAAGUGGAUGCAAGUGCAUAUGACUCAGAUGUUAUGGAAACUGAUAACAUCGCUGAUAGUGAUGAAGAUCAAGAAGAUGAAACUGUUAAUGCUAAUCUUAGUGGUGGUUGGGGAAGGAUCGUCUUUGCUCCUGUUCGAAGAGGCAGACAGGUUCACAUGAAUAUUUGUCGAUCAACCAAUCCAGAUGCCUCAGAAGGUUCAUUUGAUCGUGAGGUUAUCACACAAACUAAGAAUCCAACUUUGCAUCAUCUUGCUCGAAAGUCUUUCUGGGGUGACUUGUGGCCCUCUAGAGGGAAAGUAACUACUGAUUCAUGAUCACCAAACAUUAAACACAAAUGAUUUAUUACUUAAAAAACGUUGUAUAUGAGCUGAAUUCAUCUUUGCUUGUGAGUCUCCUCUUCCACCGACAGCAUAUAUGAAUGACCGUCUUAUCACAAAUUUCAAGCUUGGUUCAUGCACCUAACUCAUUCUUUUCAAGGUUAUGCAGC